UGGCGAAUAGUUUGUUCUUGUCGCCACAACUCAGCCGUUGUACUGAUGACGUGGAGGUUAAAAUAGUUUGGGAAAUUACCGCAGGACAAAUAUAAGUAGUCUGACUUGCAAGUAGACAUCAGUCUCCUGCCUCAGGUAUCCACACAGUAGAUGGCGCCACUCAUGGGACUAACUGCUGUCGACAGUACAGUCAUCGUCAUCAUCAUCAUCAUCAUCGCCCUCAGCACCAGUAACAUCAUCACGGUGAAUGAACAGGAAAACCCUCUGAGGCAGCUGAGUCUUGAGAUGCCGAGGGACGCGGUGAUAGUUGAGUGUCGGUUCAGCAGGACCAACCUGAUGGUUGUCAACAUGUCGGAGAAGGGCAACCCUGCCAACGUCUUCUUUCAGAACAAGCCGGAGAAGUGUGUCAGGCCACACAUGUUUGCACACUGCCAACCGACACACGAUUAUGUCACCAUCUGGGCAGUCGUUAUGAACGUCACUGGCACAAACAGGCGCACUGUCUUCUGUAACCGGACGACAGAUGCUGGCCAGUAUCGCACAUUUGAAUCUUUCAACAUCACUUUAGGAGAGCAAGUCAAGCACGAACCCAGUAAAGGCUGCACAAGCUCAUCUAAUAAAAAUUCGGUGUCGUGGGUGAUCAUACUGGUUGUUGAUGCCGUCGUGCUCCAGGCAGUCGUCUCAUCACAUCAACGUUUAUCGUGCGAGUGAUUUCUCUACGGACGUCACAUGUGUACAGCGGUCGUCAGGGCUGACCACAGGCCGGCGCCAUGUUUCCAAACGCUGCGGGGAAGAGUUGCCCUAGCAACAACCAACACACUUCUACACAAAUCAUCCAAACAGUUGACAUUUAGAGGUCACGCAGCUCAAACAAAGCGUGUCGUGUCCAUACUGAGUAGAAGAUGGUCUACAUGUAGUGCUGCUUUGCUGUUACUAAUAUAACUUCGCCAAAGAUCAUCUUUAAAGCUACACUGGUAGGCCUUUGCACGUAUUAAAUAAUCUGUCAAGGAUUGAGAAUAUGUCAACACGCUGACGACACUGUCAGUCAUCUUGUGAUGUACUGUCAUCUACCUGCACCAUAGUGACAGGGGCGAUAAAGCCUGCCUCUCAGAUUGUGCCUGUCUACUGUGUACAUAUAUUUAUAUACUGCUGUUGUACUUGUUAACGGGUGUGCCCGUGUCUGUCUACUCUGUGUGUGUGUGUGUGCUGCUAUUGUACAUGGUAAUGGGGUAGGCCAGUGCCUGUCUAUUGUCUAUAUAUAUAUAGAUAUAUACUGCUAUUGUACAUGGUAAGAGGGUAGGCCCGUGGCUGUCUAUUGUGUAUAUAUAUAUAUACUGCUAUUGUACAUGGUAAUGGGGUAGGCUAGUGCCUGUCUAUUGUAUAUAUAUACUGCUAUUACACAUGUCUGUCUACUGCAUGUGGUACUAUUGAAUCAUUGCCAUUGUAAUGGGGUAUGCCCGUGGCUGUCUAUUGUGUGUGUGUGUAUAUAUACUGUGUAUAUAUACUAUUGUGUGUAUAUACUAUUGUGUAUAUAUACUAUUGUGUGUAUAUAUAUAUACUGCUAUUGUGCAUGGUAAUGGGGUAGGCCAGUGGCUGUCUAUUGUGUGUAUACAUGUAUAUAUAUUUACUGCUAUUGUACAUGGUAAGAGGUAUGGCCGUGUCUGUCUACUGUGUACCCCUACAUGCAAGGACAACAGGCUGAGGCUACUUUUAGAUACUAAUGCUACUAUGUGUGAAUGAAUGUUAAUGAUGUCUAUUGUAUAAACAUUUGAUGGUAUUGUUGAUUGAUGUUACUGCACUCUGUGCUUAUAACCCUUGUUUUCUGAUAAAGCUGCUACUAACUGCCUUCUGGGAUAAACGAGCUGUAUAUUAUGAUAUGCAUCAAGUUCGUAACAAUAUCAGAGUAACCCUCUCAAACACUCGACACAGGUGUUGACAGGUGUUGACAGCUGUCAUUUUGGCAUUUCCAAUGUCCAUGACUGUCAUGCCAUGCACUAUCACGGAUUAAAUAUUUAAAUACUUGCUUAUAAUUUUAAAUACUUAUUUAUAGAAGAUUAGUACUUUCUUUAUCACUAAACAAUAACAUACCUUACGAUGAUAUUCAAAUAUGAAUCUGUUUUAUUCACGCUGAGUAUCAGGGUUAUGGAGGCCGCCAUUGUAACAGAUUCACACCUCACAAUGCUGAAAAGUUAAGAAAAACGGAUUGUGAUAAAAAUGUUUUUCAUUAUUCAUUGUAAUUUAUGCAUUAUCAAAAUGUGUUUAGCCCGCGGACCAGGUAAGCCGCGGUUAAUGUUUGGACCCCAACCACCGCGACUUAAUGGCCGACAUUGCACUCAGCAGCAAAGUCAACAAAUCAUGACAAGCAAACACUCACACAUCAGUGGUCUAAGUCUAUACACAGUGAGUUUUAAAUUCUGCAAACGUAUUUAUUAGUUCUCAAUGUUUACAUAUAUAUAUACUUCAAUUAUCGUUUGGAUGAAUAAGCAGAGCCAUGGUGCUGUUGUCACCUGCCCAUUGCUGUGUGUUACCUGUGUGCACGUGCUCACCUUUAGUGUCAGGUCCUCUGAGGUUUGUCACAUUCAAUGCUUGAAGUCAGCUCAUGAAGACAACACUAUAUUUAGACAUACAACCAUGUCGUCACUUCCUGCUUUCUUGACUAUUCCAGGUGUGAUAAAGAGAAAGAAGUAUUAAAUUUUUCGUUCCUCUUUGUCAUAAAUUACCACCAGAAUAUAAUUUUGUGAUACUUUGUGCUCUACUUCCAUCGAUGUUUGCUGAGCGCUCGACUUAACCUUUGACACCCUGUGUGUGCAUGUCUACGUGUUCUCGUUCUUAUCGAGUGUUUGUACCAACACUCACCAGCUUCAAAGUAAAGCAGGUGUCAAGAAGGUGUAAGGUCUUUUAUUGUAGAGGUUUCUCCAUCGCAAUGUUCUUAGUGAUGAGCUCCAGUGGGACUGACUAGUAUUCUUCACUGAUCGCCUUGUGAUGUGACAACAAUUAUUUCUUUGAUGACUAACAUUGUGUUCACUUGUUGUCAAUCAUUAAUAAUUGAACAGUAGACAAUUUGUAUCAAAGAAUGUAAAAAUAAAUGUGAAAACAAU